GCAAUUCGCCCCGCUCGUCUCUCCAUCGCCCGCCGUCUGCCAGCAAACAAGCAGAGCGCGUGCCUGCCGCAGUCUCUUGACCGCAGCUGCAGUCACACGGGCACCCACAACGCCCACGCCUCUUACCGUGUGAUACGCUUCGUCGCCACACAGCCUCACUUUCACCUGACUCCUGCAUUCCUGCCAUUCCGUGGGCACGCCGUUUCAGAUUGCUGUCUGCCGGGGGUUGAUGGGUACAUGAAUCUGCCCCACCACGGUUCUACUUCGACCACCGUCGCAACCGCCACACAAAUUCUUGAACCACCGACCUGCACAGAAGCCGCCUUCACGACCCAGGCCCGCCUCUCGGGAUAGCUCUCCGCGGCCGCAAAGUCUUUCACUCUCGGCGCCAGAAGCUCAAGCACUCGACCUUGCGCCCAGCACUCCACAUCACACCGAAUCGCCCACUGUCCAAAUCCAAAUCCAAACGCAGACAAUCGCCCAAGAUGGACGAGGAAUCUGUGGUCAACUUCUGCAGUAUCACUUCGUGUGACCCUGACAAGGCCGCACAGUAUCUGCGCUUGACAGACGGCAACUUUGAACAGGCCAUACAACUGUUCUUCGAUGCUCCCGGCUUGGACGUCGCUCCCUCCGCCCCAGCACAGCCCGCCGCAGCUAGUUCUGCGCAGAAUCCCAUACAUAUCGAUUCCGACGAUGACAUGGACUUCGAGCCCGCACACCAAGACACAGCCGCGCCGGCGCAAACUCAACAUGGCAUCGAGGACGAUGAAGCCAUGGCGCGGCGGUUACAAGAGGAGAUGUAUGGUGGCGGUGGAGCCGGAGGAGCUGGCACCGACGAGGUUCGCGCGCCCAUGCAACGGACAACAGAGACACUGGUUGGUCCCGGCUCCAACUGGGGUCCUGCUGGUGACGACGACGACAUAGAUGCUUUGGUUCAAGAACAGCUGGCUCGUCGGCGGACAGGCCGCGCGGGCAUCUUCAACCAGCACACUACCCACACAAAUGUUUGGGACAACACUGCAGACUCCAGCGCCCGGCGACGCGAGCUUGCAACCGCGACGGGCGGUGCUUCUGAGCAGUCUUCUAAGAUGAACAUGCUCGCAGAGCUAUUUCGUCCACCAUUCGAAAUCAUGUACCAGGGAUCAUGGGAAAAGGCACGAGACAUGGGGAAGGAUGAGGAAAAGUGGCUGCUCGUCAACAUCCAGGAUCCAGCAAUCUUUGACUGCCAGCGCCUUAAUAGGGACAUUUGGAAGAAUGACGACAUCAAGGCUACGGUCCGGGAAAACUUCAUCUUCUUGCAGUAUGCCAAGGACGAUCAGCGUGGGCAACAGUACAUGAACUACUACUUCCACGCCCGCGACAGCUCAGAUGCUUACCCACAUAUUGCUAUUGUCGACCCCCGAACUGGCGAACAGGUCAAGGUUUGGUCAGGCCCACCGAUACCCGAACCAGUGGAGUUCCACGCCCAGCUCCACGAGUUCCUUGACCGUUACAGUUUGAACGUCAAUGCAAAGAACCCUGUAGCGAAGCGAAAGUCAGAAUCAGCCAAGAAGGACGUAGGCCGCAUGACCGAAGAGGAGAUGCUGGAAAUGGCACUCAAAAACAGCAUGGAGAACGGCAAGGGCCCCCAGGAAGACGAUCCGGACGAGCUCACAAAGUCGACCGACAACAUCAAGGGUAAGGGCAAAGCAGAAGAAGCUGUACCUGAACCAGAGCCAGAGGCCUCCAACACGAACCCAGUCUUCGCCGCCAUCUCCGCAAACGCCCCCCACACUGAGCCCACUGUUACCGACCCCAAGGUCACUACACGCAUUCAGUUCCGAGGCCCAUCAGGCCGACCCAUUGUGCGCCGGUUCAACCUCGCAGAUCCCGUUCGUCGCGUCUACGAAUGGAUCAAGGCUGAUGGUCCCUGGGAAGGCAAGCAGGGCGCCGAGUUUGACCUUGUCUUCAUGGGCAAGAACCUUCUCGACCACCUGGACGAAACCGUCGAAACCGCUGGUCUCAAGGGCGCCAGCAUCAUGGUCGAAUUUCUCGACAACAGCGAGUAGAUAAAUCCUACUUUCUAUACGAAAAAUCAAGAUGCAUUAUCAAACUGGAAGGUGGUGGUGAACUGUGAUGAUAAUAACCAGCAAAACAUGUAACUAGAGCAGUACUCUCUUUUUCCCUUUUC